UUCCCUGAUCUCCUUCUUGCCAUGGACUCCUUUCGGCCCGUGGCUACAGUAGCUGUUGAAGCGGCAGGGCUGAGAGCUGGCCGCGCCGCCCCAAAGGCACUUCCGCUGGCGGGUCACUUCCGGGUUUGAACUUACCGAUCGCUCUCGGAGGAGGAGGGCACCCGCCGCGCGAUUGACAGUAUAUUCCUGCAGGCGCCGUCCCUGAGCCCCCACCCCACGGCCGGAUCCGGGUGGCUCCGCUGCGGGCCGAAACCGGAGAAGAAAUCCUUAGAUCUCUUUUCUUUUUUAAAAAGAAUCUAGAAACCGUCGGCAUUUUGCCUUGCUGUUUCCUAUUUGCAAGAUGAAGAAGUUUUUCGACUCUCGGCGGGAGCAAAGCGGCUCUGGCCUGGGCUCUGGCUCCAGCGGAGGAGGGGGCAGUAGCUCGGGCCUGGGCAGUGGCUACAUCGGAAGGGUCUUCGGCAUCGGGAGGCAGCAGGUCACCGUGGACGAGGUGCUGGCGGAAGGUGGAUUUGCUCUCGUCUUUCUGGUGAGGACAAGCAAUGGGGUGAAAUGUGCCUUGAAACGCAUGUUUGUCAACAAUGAGCAUGACCUCCAGGUGUGCAAGAGGGAAAUCCAGAUCAUGAGAGACCUAUCAGGGCACAAGAACAUUGUGGGCUACAUUGAUUCUAGUAUCAACAAUGUAAGCAGUGGUGAUGUGUGGGAAGUUCUCAUUCUCAUGGACUUCUGUAGAGGAGGCCAGGUAGUAAAUUUGAUGAACCAGCGUCUGCAAACAGGCUUUACAGAGAAUGAAGUGCUACAGAUAUUCUGUGAUACCUGUGAAGCCGUUGCCCGCUUGCAUCAGUGUAAAACUCCUAUUAUUCACCGGGACCUGAAGGUAACAGACAAACUGUUUCUGUGGAGUGUUAUCUACUGA